UUAUUUGUCCAUUGCCGUAACCGCGCGCACUCACGUUGGUUGCGCGCGUCCGUUUUUUGGACAGGCGAAUGCCCUCUUCUCAGCUCUGCUUGGGUGUGGCUGUUUGAGAGAUGGACUUUUUUUCAUCCGAAGUGGGACUGUAGGCAUUUGUGGGAAAUAAACAAGAAAUUCGGCCUUUUCUGCCAUGAGAGUUGAACAACAGAGUGAACAUGGGGAAAACAACGAAUUCGGUCAGCCAGGGGGACAUCAGCCAUGCUGUUGGACUGCUGACCACACAGCCUCCAGAGGAGGGCCAGGGGACUGAGGAAACCGCAGACACAGAAGCCAACAGGGAGACUCAGAAAAGGACUCCACCUAAAGAUGACCUUCAGACAGCCAUCGAGCUCAGCUUGCAAGAAUCCCAGUCAGAGGAGAUCGAGCUCAACAGGGCACUGGACGCCAGCGUGGAGGACAGGGCUGCACGAGUGAAGAGGAAGUGCUGCGAGGCCCAGGGAGCGAGCUGCAGCCCUGCAGACUGGAUCCGCCAGGAUGAGUGGCCUGUGGGCAUCCACAACAUGGGCAACACCUGCUGGUUCAGUGCCGUCAUACAGUCCCUGUUCCACCUGCCCGUGUUCCGCAAAUUGGUACUGAACUACUGCCUGUCAGAGCGAAUCCUGGAGAAGUGUAAGAGCCACUCGGACAAGAGGAACAUAGCCUUCAUGCAGGAGCUGCGCUGUCUCUUUGCUCUCAUGGUGGGCUCCACUCGCAGGUUUGUGGACCCGUCUGCUGCCGUCGAGCUUUUGAGAGAGGCUUUCAGAUCCACGGAGGCCCAACAGGUACACACUGAGGCCCAACAGGAUGUGAGUGAGUUCACCCACAAACUCCUUGACUGGCUUGAAGAUGCCUUUCAGCUGGCUGCCAAUGGAAACAGCCUGGAAGAUAAAAAAGAAAAUCCAAUGGUUCAGCUUUUCUAUGGGACGUUUGUAGCAGAGAGAACACAUGAGGGCAAGACCUUAUCCAACAUCGAGCAGUUUGGCCAGUACCCCUUACAAGUGAACGGUUUCAACAACUUGGAGGAAUGUCUGGAAGGUGCCAUGGUAGAAGGGGAGAUUGAAGCCCUCCAUCCGGAUCAAACCAUUUCAUCUGGCAGCAAGAGAUGGUUCUCAAAGUUACCACCAGUGUUGACCUUUGAACUGUCCAGGUUUGAGUUCAACCAGUCGUUAGGACGCCCAGAGAAGAUUCACAAGAAACUGGAGUUCCCACAAAUAAUUUAUAUGGACAGAUACCUUCACAAGAACAAUGAGCAGACCCACAACAGGAGAGGAGAGGUGAAGCAACUGAAGGAGCAUCUCACAGUCCUGCAGCAGAAACUGGAAUGCUACAGAAACUAUGGCUCCGGGCCGACAAACUAUCCCCUGGCAGACAUGUUACAGUACAUGUUGGAGUUCGCCUGCACUAAGCCCACCAGUGUGUCCCCUGCUGAAGACGCGAGGCUGGCUGCAUCUUCCCCCACUCCGCCCAGCAGCAACCCCCAGCACACAGACGCCAACCCUGACGAUACCAGUCAGUGUCAUGAGCCAGGAGACGCAGGCCCGUCCGACAGCUCCACCUGUCAGCAGAAGCCCUCCUCGAGCCAGAGGACGCCCAUCUACAAGCCCUUCACCCAGUGCAGACCCCCCAUGGACGCCCCACCUCACCCCGCCCCCCACAGUGUGACGGAGGAGGAGCUGCGCUUCGUCAAGACCUGCCUGCAACGCUGGAGGACAGAGAUGGAGAACAACAUGAACGAGCUAAAGGCCAGCAUCGACAGGGUCAGCCAAGCGCUGGAGGGCAUGUACUCGGAUAACAGCCUGUGUCAGGUGCCGUACAGGCUUCACGCUGUCCUCGUCCACGAGGGCCAAGCCUCGGCCGGCCACUACUGGGCCUAUAUCUACGACCACAGCAACCAGUGCUGGAUGAAGUACAACGACGUCAUCGUCAGCGAGUCCUCCUGGGAGGAGCUGGUCAAGGACUCGUACGGAGGCAUGACCAACGCCAGCGCCUAUUGUCUCAUGUAUAUCGACGACAGGCUGCCUCACCUAAUUGCAGAAGACACAGAUGAUGAGACGGGCCAGGUCAUGCAGGGCAUGGACUCUUUGCCACCCAUCCUCGGGCACUACGUGCGCGAGGACAACCGCUGGUUCCAGCAAGAGCUCAGGGAGUGGGAAGAGCAGUUUUACCAGCCGCCACAGCAGGAGCCGGCCGCUCCCACAGCUGCCUCCACCUCCACUCGUGUUCCCAGUAAAGAAAAAGACGAGCCAGCAGAACCAGUCCCCAAACCUGGACCUGCCCGGGAACCCACUGGGGAGCAGGGACAGGAACCAGAGGCAGAGUCGGCUGUUGAACCGGCAGUGGAUUCUGAAGAGCCUGUCCCAACAAGCCAGCCCCAGUCCCCGGUCCCUGUGUCCCUGGAGAACGCUGGCAGCAGCCCAGAGGAGAGCGACCACCAGUCUGUCACUGUCACGCCAGAGCCCUGCCAACAUACCAGCGAGGACAAGGAGGGCCAGCAACACCGUCAAGUGGGCAGGCAGCUCCCCCCACCACAGUCUCCCAGCCCUGCAGCAGAGAUGAAUGGCCAGGCCCAGACUGCAGCUGUGACCCCUGACCCCUCCACUGAGACCGACAGCGAGCCUGAGGUCAGAGAGGCAGGGGCGGAAGCUGCAGAAGCGCCCGACACCCAGGCAGACGGCGAGGAUGGUCAGGACGCCCCGCCGGCGACCAGACGCCGGCAGCAGCAACCAGAGAACGUGGUGUCGGAGGUGGAGAUCCCCAACGUGGGCAGGAUCCUGGUGCAGGCUGACAAUGACGGCUACAAUGAAGAGAUGAUGCUCACUCCAGCUAUGCAGGGAAUCAUUAUGGCCAUAGCCAAAGCCAGACAGGCAUUCGACAAUGAAGGCCCUGAGGCUGGCCUCAUCAAGGCGUUCCAGGAGGAGUACUCCCGUCUGUUUGAGUUGUCCCAGGAGGAGACCACUGCCCAGCAGGACCCACGCCUGCACCACGCCCUGGUCUACUUCUUCCAGAACCAGGCGCCCAAUCGCGUCAUCGAGAGGACCCUGCUGAAUGGCUUCACCGACCGCAACCUCAGCUUCGACAACAGGUCCAUCAGUAUCAUGAGAGAGGCCCGCGCCAAACUACGCCUCAUCAAGCCAGAGGAUAUGGAUAUGGAGGAAUAUAUGCAAUGGCAUGACGACUACAGCCUGUUCCGGACAGUGUUUGUCUACCUGCUGACGGGCUUGGAACAGUACCAGCAUGGAAAGGUGAGCGAGGCGCUGAAUUACCUCAACCACGCCUACAAAGACAACACCAUGCUACUGAGAAGAGGGGAGAAGAGAGGGGUGGAGCAGUCGCUUAUUGCACUUUACAGGAGGAGAUGUCUCAAAGAAGUGAAUGACAAUGCGGCCACCCUGUUCAGGAGCGGCGAGGUGAGCGGCGUGGAGGAGGGCGUGAUCAUCAUGAACGAGGCGGUUAUCCCCUGCAUGCACCUGAUGAGCCGGCCGGACAUGGUCAGCCAGGAGGACCUGGACACAAUGGAGGCUAUCCGCAGCCACUGGUGCUCCUACCUGGAAAUGGACCUGGAUGACUCCCUACAGUUAAAGCUGGGCGAGUUUCUGCCCAGGGUUCUGGACUGCUCAACAGAGAGGGUGGUCUUAAAAGAUCCACCAACGGUGCGCUCCAAAGUGCCCCAUGACCUGUGCAGCCGCCUGGCCGCCAUCAUGGAGUCCAUCACCAACACCUCCGUGGUCUCUGUCAAGUAAGACCAAGGGGUCAGAGGUCAGCUUCUGAGAUUAAUGGUCAGGACAGGUACGCUAGCUGACCACCGCUAACGUUUUAUCCUCAUGUAGAGUUGACAAACACUGGAAUUUUGCGUAGUAGUGCAAAGUAGUUUUUUAUAUUACUUUGUAAUGUGCUUUUGCCAUAUUUUUCUAAAUCAGAGCAUUAAGUAGAUUCUGAGUGAUUUGAGGCAGAGUUUAUACGAUCAUAUGAUACUCACAGACACAUUAAGAGGAGAGAUAGAGAAAUGUCUUUAUGCAUUAAUAAGGUAUUAUUGUUUUGAACCUAUUAGGUGUGUUUUAAGAAAGUGAAAACACAAGAAAUAAGAGCAUUUUUUUAAUGGUUUCUUAGAUAUUUUACAUGUACCAUGAUACAUUAGCAUUGCAGUGAACAACAGGCUCUUGAAGAUUUAGGUGUUUAGAAAUUCAGCUUCCUUUGUCUCGUUUUGUAUUCUCCUGUUUAUAUAUGUAAGCCUUUCCUUCCACUCCUGUUUUCCACUUCUUGAAAACUGUGUUGAUGCUCAAUAAACUUUCUGUUCUUUCGGUU